AUGGAAUACAUGGGGAAUAGGAACAAUGUGACAGAAUUUAUUCUACUGGGGCUUACAGAGAAUCCAAACAUGCAGAAAAUAAUAUUUUUCGUGUUUUUGUUUAUCUAUAUCAUCUCUAUGGUAGGAAAUGUUCUCAUUGUGGUCACCAUCACUGCCAGUCCAUUGUUAAGGUCCCCUAUGUACUUUUUCCUGGCCUGUCUUUCCUUUAUUGAUGCCUGCUAUUCCUCUGUCAAUGCCCCUAAACUGAUCACAGAUUCUCUCCAUGAAAACAAGACCAUCAUGUUCAAUGGAUGUAUGACCCAAGUCUUUGGGGAACAUUUCUUUGGAGGUGCUGAAGUCAUCCUGCUAACUGUGAUGGCUUAUGACCGCUAUGUGGCCAUUUGCAAGCCCUUGCACUAUACAACCAUCAUGAACCGAUGGGUAUGUGGACUCCUAGUAGGGGUGUCAUGGAUAGGUGGCUUUCUUCAUGCAACCAUACAGAUACUGUUCAUCUUCAAAUUACCAUUCUGUGGCCCUAACAUCAUAGAUCACUUUAUGUGUGAUCUGAACCCUUUGCUCAACCUUGCCUGUACUGACACCCAUACUCUUGGACUCUUUGUUGCUGCUAACAGUGGGUUCAUCUGUUUAUUGAACUUCCUUCUCUUGCUGGUCUCCUAUGUGGUCAUACUGCACUCUCUAAGGUCUCACAGCUUGGAGGGAAGGCGGAAAGCCCUCUCCACCUGUGUCUCCCACAUUACAGUAGUUGUCUUAUUCUUUGUGCCCUGCAUAAUUGUAUACAUGAGACCCGCGGCUGUUUUUUCCUUUGACAAAGUAGUUGCUAUAUUCUACACUAUGAUAACUCCCAUGCUAAAUCCCUUAAUAUAUACCUUGAGAAAUACCCAGAUGAAAAAUGCUAUUAGAAAAUUGCUUACCAGCAAAGCCAUUUCCAGUGACAAAUAA